AUGUCGCGUUCGUUGAAGCAGGUGAAGGCGAGUCCGCAAGCGGACAGGUACAUUCCCCAAUCCGCUUCGAAGAGAGCGUACAGAGCUUCUCCAAGUCUGAAGAAGUUCAAUACAUUGCAGUCUCCACCAGAGUUAAGUUUUAAUAGGUCGCCUUCUCCUGAGAGAUUGUCAUCUCCGGAGUUUCUGAACGGUGAGGGGCGCUACGGUCCGAUGGCGAACGAUGACUCAAAUAGUUUGGUUGACACUUCCAAUGAGCUCACUCCCGCUACGGCAGAGCAAAAUGGGGAUGACUACGCCAAAAUCAAGUUGCAUAGAGCUGUCAUAGCAACCUCUCUCGGGUUUCACAGGGAAGAUAAUAGAGUGUACAACUUCAGUUCCAAUGGGCUCGCGGUACCUCCAUCAACAAAGGAAAGGCCUGUAACUAAUCGAGUACCGUCCAGGAGAGCUGCCAAAAGGGCCAAAUCACAUAUGCCCUUCAGGGUGCUGGAUGCUCCUUGUCUAAGAAACGAUUUCUACUCUAAUUUGAUAUCUUGGUCGGCAAGAUCGGGAAACGUUCUUGUUGCGCUGGGUUGCUCCGUGUACUUGUGGGUUGAAGAAAAGGGUGCUCUUCCUAUACUGAUGCAUUCUUACUUGCAUAACCAGCAUGAUGUCGUCACCUGCGUGUCAUUUGACAAAAUGUCUAGUAAAUUCCUUAUUGGAACGAAGCGGGGGCUGGUUAUCCUAUUCGAUGAGGAAGAGUGUCUUAAGAAAUUUGAAUCAAACCAUUCAGUCCCGCCAGGUGGACACUCGAAAUAUUCAUAUCGGACUUUGGUGCCUAAAAGCGUGACCUGUAUCGAAUGGUUUGGCGGGCGAACAGGCGAUGUUGAAAUCAACAGGCGACUGCUCGUCGGAGAAGAUAAUGGAGACGUCAGCCUCGUGGAAAUAAAUACGGUUACGAACACUAUGCUUCUAAAAAUGAAGUUCUCUGCACAUGGUCAACAAGUUUGUGGUUUGUCCAUUAACUAUAAUAACAAAUUGAUUGCGGUAGGCGGAAACGAUAACGCUUGUACGAUAUGGGACAUCUCCGAUAUCCAUGAACCCAGUCUGAAAAACAUUUUCCCUCACAGCGCAGCCGUUAAAGCUGUAGCCUUCUGCCCCUGGUCCAAGUCUCUACUGGCCACAGGAGGUGGGAGUAAAGACCGAACAAUUAAAUUCUGGCACGUCGGUACCGGUACGCUGAUUAACGAAAUAAGGGCAAAAGCACAGGUCACCUCACUAAUUUGGUCACCCAGGUACAAGCAGAUAGCUGCCACUUUCGGUUUUAGUAACGUAAGGGACCCGGUCUUGCUUAAGUUAUACUCCUACCCGCAACUAGAGAAAAUCCUGGAGGUAAAAUCACCGACUCCAUUGAGGGCACUUAGUAGCUCCUUAUCGCCCACUGGCUCUUCCAUCUGUGUGGCCACCACGGACGAAACACUACGAUUCUACAAACUAUGGGAUGAAAAAGAGGAUGUCAUCAGAGAUAUCCAAGAGGAGGGAGUUUUUGGGUCUAUUUUGAUCGAACAUCUAGAAGGUAUCAAUUACUUCGCCGUUUCGAAGAAUCGGGUCCUUAGAUAA